UAUCAACGGCUGUUAAAUAAACAGAAGAAGGCCGCUUUUGAUUAAAAGUUUUUAAAGGCGGCGGCAGAAGAACUGGACCAGAGGUUCAAUUAAUUCAAUCAAAUUACAGUUCCGCGUUUACAACCGAGGUCUGGUUGAGUUGUGGGCGUGUGUCUAUUUCCCUGUCACACGUCUUGAAACGCUCCAUUAGUUAACAGCAAGUUACGUUAGGGAGCUAAAAGCUUAACGGCUAAGUCUCCAACAACACGGUUGGACAAUGUUGUGGUGAUUGAUGCUGCUUCAAGUAUUAUUGUUCAUGAUGGCCUUGUUUGGGACACAAGCAGGCGCCAAGCCUGACAAGUCCCACGAGUCUCUGAAUACAUCAUCAAGGGAAUACUGCUACUCAGCGCGAAUUCGGAGCACUGUGCUGCAGGGUUUGCCUUUCGGAGGUGUACCUACUGUCCUCGCUCUUGACUUUGUGUUCUUUUUGGUGCUGUUGGCCUUUUUUUCUUUCCUACGAAAAAAGGCUUGGGAUUAUGGAAGACUGGCUCUUGUGACAGACAAUGAACGACGAGUGGAUCAACGAUACAGUCGUCUGGACGAUCGGGAGUAUGCCUCUCCAUCAGAAGCACCUGAACGAUAUGAACGACUGACCUCACUAUGCAGUUCAGUAGAUAUUGAUCCAAGAGACACUGGGGCCUGCUCUUGGUUAACUGCGGUUUUUCGCAUCAAGGAUGAGGAAUUGAGGGAUAAGUGUGGGGAUGAUGCAGUGCAUUAUCAAUCCUUUCAGCGCCACAUUGCUGGAGUUAUUGGCGUGGUGGGCAUUCUGUCUGUGGGCAUUGUCCUGCCUAUAAACUUUUCCGGAGAUUUACUGGAAAACAAUGCCUUCAGUUUUGGACGAGCUACUAUUGCUAACCUCAGUUCAGAAAACCCUCUUCUGUGGCUGCACACCAUAUUUGCUUUCCUUUAUCUUUUAUUGACGGUGUACAGCAUGAGGAGACACACGUCCAAGAUGCGCUACAAGGAAGACGACCUGGUCAAACGCACUUUAUUUGUCACUGGAAUCUCCAAACUGGCGUUGGAGUCAGAUAUCAAGGAACACUUUGAGCAGGCCUAUGAAAACUGCACUGUUGUGGAGGCUCGUAUUUGUUAUGACGUGGCCAAGCUAAUGAGCCUUGAUUCUGAAAGGAAGAAGGCUGAGCGCAGCAAGAAAUUCUUCCUCAACGUGCAGGCAAAGGAGCAUGUUGCCCCGAUGAUAAACCCGAAACCCUGCGGACACCUCUGCUGUUGCAUCAUCAAGGGCUGUGAGCAGGAAGAUGCAGUAAGUUACUACACAAAGCUGGAGUGCAAGCUCCGAGAGGAAUACAGGAAAGAGCGUGAGAAGGUUAAUGGGAAACCUUUGGGCAUGGCUUUUGUCACGUUUCAAAAUGAGGCCAUCACUGCAACAAUCUUGAAGGACUUCAAUGCCUGCAAGUGUCAUGGCUGGCACUGUCAUCAAGAACCCAAAAGUUCUCAGUACAGCGCUGAGCUCUUGACCCCAAACUGGACCGUCAGCUAUGCCCCAGAUCCUCAAAACGUGCACUGGAACCAUCUGUCAGUAGGAGGACUGGUCUGGUGGGUCCGCUGUUUGAUCAUCAACAUUGUGCUCUUCAUCCUGCUCUUCUUCCUCACCACCCCUGCCAUUAUCAUCUCCACCAUGGACAAGUUCAAUGUCACCAAACCAGUGGAGUACUUGAAUAAUCCAGUCAUUACCCAGUUCUUCCCAACACUCCUGCUGUGGGCUUUCUCUGCUUUACUUCCUACAAUUGUUUACUACUCUGCUUUCUUCGAGUCUCACUGGACCAGGUCGGGAGAAAACAGAACCACGAUGCACAAAUGCUACACUUUUCUCAUCUUCAUGGUCCUGUUGCUGCCAUCUCUUGGACUCAGCAGUUUGGAUGUUUUCUUCCGUUGGCUGUUUGACAGAAAGUUCCUGGCAGAUGCUACAGUCAGAUUUGAAUGUGUGUUCCUUCCUGACAACGGAGCCUUUUUUGUUAACUACGUCAUUGCGUCUGCAUUCAUCGGUACCGCCAAUGACCUCAUGAGACUCCCUGGUCUGCUCCUCUAUAUGAUCCGGCUCUGUCUUGCUCGGUCUGCGGCGGAGCGAAGGAACGUGAAGAGACACCAAGCUUAUGAGUUCCAGUUUGGCGCCAGUUACGCCUGGAUGAUGUGCGUCUUCACAGUCGUCAUGACCUACAGCAUUACUUGUCCGAUCAUCGUACCUUUUGGUCUCAUGUACAUCCUGCUGAAACACCUGGUCGAUCGAUACAACUUGUACUACGCCUACCUGCCAACAAAACUUGACAAGAAGAUCCACCACGCAGCAGUGGAUCAAGUUGUGGCUGCUCCCAUCCUCUGCCUCUUUUGGUUCCUCUUCUUCUCGACUGUGCGCACUGGGUUUACGGCCCCAACGUCCAUGUUCACGUUUGUCGUUCUGGUCAUCACAAUCAUCAUUUGCCUUUCCCAUGUUUGCUUUGGACAUUUUAAGUAUCUCAGCGCUCACAACUACAAGAUUGAUUCACCAGAGCCUGAGACUUUGGACGACGGAGUCACAGUCUGUGACACUGCCGCCAACAAGACUGCACAGACCUACAUUGCAGAGAUACUGCAAGAUCCCAACUCUGAGGAAGCCGAUUCAGGCAGCAGCAGGGAUGACGGCCAAGGGUCCUCGCAGGACGAGGAUAUAAUCAAUGUGGAAAAUGAUUUGCUAGAGGGCUUCCAAUCUGGUGGAAACAAGACAUCUGCGUUAGUGGUGAGAUAAAGCUUCUUUUGUAGCUAACGUAACACUAAAGGUUCCUUCUUACUCACUUUGACUUAAAUUGUUUGCGCUAGAAAAAUAAUCAGUUUUACAUGACAACAAAAGAAAGUGACCUGAGGGAAGACAAUCCAGCUUCGUCAUUAACACUGAAAUCCUCGACCCUGCACAGUCGCCUCCCUUUUAAGUCCUCUACAGUACAGCUUUAUAACUAGUCUUCUGGUGACCAUACUAACUCAGCAAAUCCCUGCAUCAGCCAGAAAGAUGAAUGACUGCUUGGCUAACACAAAGUGAUAAAUCAGAAUGUGAAACUAAAAUGCUUUCCGCUGACGCUGUGAUGUCCUCUGGGAUUGUGAACCAGCUCCGAGAACUAGUUUAUAAAAAUGUGCACUAAUCUACUUCAACUCGUAUGAUUGGCAGAAGAGCGAGGGGCGAUAGUGCCGACCCUGCUGUCGCUCUUCCCGUCAGGAAGGGGUGAUUUUGUAUUUGUAUACCUCUUUAUUUUUGUACCUAUGGAAAAUGUAUCAACAAGACACUAUUCAGCUCUUAGUUUUUUUUUGUUUGUUUUUUUUUUUUUUACUGGAUGUAACAAUGCCACUCAUUUAGACGACACUGGAAAUGUCUCUUUCAUCUCCUCCUUUUAAAUGUUUCACUUGCAUUUUAUUCAGACGUCGGUGAUACAGUUCGAGUGUUGUUUGUAUGUUGCUCCACUACAGUCAAACCUCCCUUUUUAAAAAUAAUACCGUAUUGGACUGAUUUGUCAUCUUUCUGGAUGUUUGGAUAACGAUGACUUCCUGGGUGUUUUCUAUGAUCAGAAACCUUCUCCAACUACAACAAUGUUCUCACACCUCCACAUUGAAUCCCUGUUUUUAUUUCCAUCCACCAAGAUCACACAAUCCAAAAUCCAAUCCAGCAUGCAUUUUGUUAUUGAUGUGGCAUAUCUGGAGCGAUGCUUCCUGUUGAGGUUUCGUUGUUGAGUUGAUGAUCUGAGACUCUUCGACAGUGGACGGCCGGAUACAGACAUCGAGUCUUCAAGUGCCAAAGCUGUGUUACCCGCCCAAAAUCCUGACACUCACCGUACAUUGCUUCAUUUUUGACCGACAGGAGCAAGAUGGCCAUUAACAAACAGUUAAAGCUCUUCAUUUUGUUUAGUCUGGUGAGUGUUGCAUGUGCCUGAUGCCUAAUACCCUCUCUGAGUCAAGUCCUUCACCUCGAUCAUCCUACCCAGUCACACGUAUCCUUCACAUCAUCUUCCUCUUCAUCUACCUGGUAUCUCUGUCUCCGACAUUCUUAGUCCGUCACUUUCUCCUCUCCACCUGUCCAAAUCUCCUGCCCUGCUCAUAGGCUAUACUUUAUUUAUUUAGGAUCUUCUCUUUUCUUCUGACUUCCAAUUUUGCUUCCUGUCUCUCAACCAAACACAAUUACAAACUAUACCUCAUACAUACAGUUCAAGGUGAUGUUUUACUAUGAAGGACAAAUGUAGCUACAUUAUUUAAAAGAAGAGGUCAGAAGAUAUACGGCUUGUCAUUAGGGGGCGCUGCCUCUCACCUCACUACUCGCAUAAAACCAUGCGGAUCAUUAUUUAUUUUGUGAAGGAGGAAGAAUUGUAUAUAUAAUUUUUUCGUUAAUCACUACAAAUUUGAGUAAGCGGUUGUUCAUACUACACAAUAUUUUACCUACAAAGUAUAAAUUGUGCUAAAAAAUUGAAACAUGACAUUGACCAUCAGCAAUCUCAAGUAUUGUUUAAUGCAUCGUUGUUUUUCUGUCUGUUCAUGAAAGUCUGUAUUGAGAUGUUUGACUGUGAAGCUGGCACAACCGCCCACAGACCCUUUUCUCAGCAGCCACCACUGUGUUUUUAAGGUAUAAAUGUGAAGAAAGGUGAGUUGUAGGUAAUUCUAACCUUGUAUUGUAACACUGUAACAUGAAUUCCAUCGAGCUACAAAUUGGGGUUAAUAAAGAGUAACGCGGCAUGCGGUGGGAGGUAUUCUGGUUUUAUUCAAAUAUUGUCGACAUUUUCGUUCACUGCGAAACCAAUGUAAGUCAGAACAAGGUGGAGACAGCUGAUGCUCAGUGGUUAUUCCUGUAAGACCGUGAACAGAGUCAUGUUCUUCAGUUGCGGUGAGACAGAUCUUUCAUGACUAGCUAAAGGCUCUGCAGAUAUGUUUAAACACUGCUCAUCAUACAUGGCUCUCUGGUAAGGCGUUGAAGUGAAAUGUAAACAUGUAUAUUCUCGUGAUCUAAAUCUCAGAUGUCUUCAAUCCAUCAGUUUCAGCCUGCUGAUAGAGGCGGUCAGCUGCGCCUCCAUGGCCAUCCGGUCGAAUGUUCGACUCUGAGUCUGCAGCCUCACUUUCUCUCUCAUGUAGGACGAU